AAAAAUGGAGGCACGGGACGGAGCGGAGAAUAAGGAUGACUUCCGAGUACCAUUAACGUCUAAAAAACAAGCUAUUGAACUGAUGAAUCAGUAUAAAGCGAUUAUAAACCAAGCGCUGGACGGACAAAGUGGAAUUCCUGAGAAAACCAAGCGGCUUUUACUUAAGAAGGCACUGGCGGACUUUGAGGCUGCCGUCACGGCCAACGUGUUGGUGAGAGGGCAGACGUGGGACCAAGCUCCGGAUGAUGACGACCCUUCAGACGAGGAGGAAGGCGAGUUGGUGAGCCUGGAGACGCGGAUGGACGACGCCGUCGUGGAGCUGAGCCACAAGCGCCGCGCGGCCCCUCCGCAGAUCCUCAAGUCGGCCGUGCGCGCCCUCAGAGCCCAGAGGGAACUUCAGGACUUUUCCAAGACGAGUGUCAAGUCUAAUCCAGUUGUCACCGACUUGCAGAUAGAGAACGCCAUGAAGGAUUUGGCAGAGCGAGCGUCCGGCCUGGCCAAUCAAAGAGCGCAACUCAUGGAGUCCCUGGACACGCUGCGGAAUCAGGCCCGAGGCUUACGGCUGGCGGCGGACUUUAAGCCCGGUCUGCCGGAGGUAGAUUGGGAAGAAGCUCCGCCCUCGCCGCGCCCCCGGCGGGAGGUCCGCGGCGACGCCUGUUGCGCGGCGUACGUGGGAAAGACCGAAUGGGAAUAGGCUUUGGGAAGCGUGAAUUAAAAGACCUUUUUUUUUCUUUUGAACAGAUUUUAUUCAAAAAUGUAAAAAAUAAAUAAAGUGAAUACAAACGAUGAACUCGUUCGCUGCCACCGGUCCGAACUGAUGUCCGGCCGAGGAGUGGAAAAACACGGACGGCGAUAGACGUCGGAUUUCUUUUUCGGCGUGACGUUCGUCGGCUCCCCCCUUCAAAGUCAACUGGAGAAACGGCAGGAGGGCGAUUGGACGCCUUGCGUCGUUAAUGGCGUUGAAAGAGUUAGACAAGUGGUCGACGGGGGCGCCUUUGCAAACGCUGUGGUUCAUCGCUAUCCUUAACCACGCCCCCGUCAACGCAAGUUAGCGGAAGCUUGUCAGCCGGUGAUUUUUAAGCACGAGAACUCUACAGAAAUUGAGAAAGUGCAAAUCUGGGAGAUGUUUAGGAAUAAAUAUAUGUCUUUUUUUCCAUACUGAGAUAACUUAUGUUCAUUGCGUCCGUGAAUAUAUUCCAUAUAAAGGUUGGCCGAUAUAGUUGGAUAACUGUCAUGUUGUCUGGGUGAUGUUUAUUGUGAUUUUGCACCAUCUAGUGGCUAGUGUAACAAAAGGAAGUAGCUGAAUUUUUUGGGUACAUUUAUGAAUGCGGGGGUGCUCAUGACGUCGAUCGUGAUCUACCAGUUGAUCGCAAUGCUAGUAUGUUUUUUUAUUUUUUAAAAGGCCCCAAAAAAUAAUUUUGUUUCAUCGUGUAAUAUUGCUGUUGAGCUUUGUAGGCGCUCCCCAAGAAAAACGAUAGCUUUGGGACCUUAAGGCUUUAUCAUUGUUU